AUGGGUCUCUUCAACUUCUGCUUCAUCUGUAUCUCAAAUCGACCCAUCGACAUCUGUACUCCAGCAUUCUCGGCUUCUUCUACCAGCACUGGCUCAGACCCAGUCAUCAUGUCUUCACCAUCCUCCUCCUCUUCCGUCAAUCCUGGGCUAGAUCAAACAGUCCAAGCUUCAUUUGAGGCUUCGAAAGCGACCACUGGGGAGACUUUGAGCUCCGGUGAAUCAUCUCAACAGAACACGACGACAAAUCUCGAAAAGCUGUCGCCCAUGCAACUGUCCAAAUCACCCGAGUCUACUCUACCCUUCGAAAGUACAGAAGAUGCUGUCAAGGAAGAAUAUACAUUGGAGGAAUAUCAGGCACACAUACGCCUAGGCGACUAUUCUGGCAAGGUGUACAAUGAUCUGAAGAACAUCGCCAAAAGAAGCAAACUCCCCUUCCCGCGCGACUGUGCAGAAUGGGCGGAAGCUAUUGGUUUCGAAUAUGACGAUAAAACUGUGUCCAGCGGAGGCCUCUUAGGGUCUUUCCAUACCGCAGCAGACAAACUCUUGUCGACUUGUUACCUACCUAAGAGAGCGUCGUGGCGAGCAGUGCAACAUUAUGCAGACCGUAACCAAGCUGUGCACUCAAAGGCGGGGAUCCUCAAGACGGUUCGCGCUUGGAAUGAGUUGUACUUGCAGAUUUCGCGGGAUUUGGCGGAAUUGGAAAGCUUCCUUCCUGAUUCAUUUAAAGAUACAAAGAAGGGCAGUGAGGAGCAUUCCAUGGAGGAUCACAUGGAUAUCAUUCGAUAUUACCGAGACAGUGUAGCCGAGUGGAUGAAGGAGAACCACGAGAACGUGAUCGAACCUCAGCCAUCUUUGCCAGGUAUUUCAACUGGAUCAAACACGGAGGAACCGGUUAAGUCGAAAUGGAUUACGGUUGGUGGAACCGGAGACUUGUCCGUAUCCCGGACGUCUUCGCCAGAUUUCCCAGCUGAGGCAGACAAGCCAUCCAAAAGAUUGUCAAAGUUUGAAGCUUUGACUACGGAAUUGGAGUCACUAGACCCCCAAAGGUGCGACCAAACCGUUGAACGUGUCUUUGAGAUAUUUAAUGGCGUCAUAUUACAAAAGAAAAAGGAAGGGGGGAAGGCCAAGAAAGACUAUCGAAGGGAAAGUCGAAAGAAGGGGGCGGCGUCAAACGCGGGGCCUAUUGGUCCUGAUCUCGCUUAG